AUGAACUUGGAUAUCUAUAAAAGCAGUAGAAUCAAUGAAAUAGUGAAGUAUCUGAUAAGAUGGGGAAUAGCAGAUGCAGAAGCACUAUCAAAAGGUGUAGAUAGUGGAAUACAAGAGGUAUAUUACACACUAGCAAUAUUGUGUCACAAGAAUUUCGUGAUAUUUGAACAAGUUGGAACAAAACUGUAUUAUAGAUUGAACAGAGAGGAAAUAGAACGUGUACAAUACUACGGAAUGUAUCAAGAAUACAUUGGAAACAACUUCAGUGUCUCUAAGGGUGUUUUUGAGGAUGCAUUGGUGAAUGGUUUUGUAGGCAGCAAAAAGGAGAGUGCUGAAAUUGCCUUGUUAAAACAGGCUGGGAUUUUUGUAGAAAAACAGCCACAACUUAAAGACAUAAAUGGACCCAAAAGAAGUAGAAGGAAUACGUGCUACUACACAAUUGAUUCUAGAAUACUGGACAGAUUGAUGAUAUGUACUGAAUUCGGAGAGUACCUGAGUCAGAGAUACCAUCCAACUGUUCGAGAAGCAUACGAAGUGCUACAGAAUACGAUACACGUUGGAAUUGUGGACAAAGUCAACUUCAUCAAGGAGCAUAAAGACAUAAAAAUAAAGAAAGGCGUAGAGUGGCUAGCAGCACUCAAUAUAGUCGAUGAGAAGUACAACUUCACAAAUGAUGAGAGAAUACUGUUGCAAAACAGUGCAAUGAGAACGGUAUUGAGUGAUACGGCAUCAAACAGAAUGUAUCAGAUUAUUAAGAAUAAGGUGUUUAUUAGUGAUAAGGAUAUCACAGUCAACUCACUGCUACCAAUUCCACACCAAAAGAACACGCUUUUCUCAUUGCAGAGCAAGGGAUUCAUCUCUCUGAAAUGCAUACAGCUGUACAAGUUGUACAACAAGGUGGAACACGAAUACUUCAUAGAUCAGGAAUACACCAGAAACAACGUUCUGAAGCUGUUGAAAUCGAAUGGGUGGGUGAGACUGCACUUUUUAUUUAGGCGAAAAUCGUAG